AUAUCUAUGGCGAGUUUCGUGUUUUGAAUGCAAGCGCUCAGUAUGUAUAUGUAAACAAAGGAGAAAGGAUAAGGAACUAUAAGCUAAUAAUGGCGGCGUACUUGAAAGAAUUCGAAGAAGAAUGGCAGACACACAAGAAUCGGUUCAUGGAAUAUUUGAUUACUUUAAGCGAACCCAUCCCUGUUUACUUUCAAGUGAGUGAAAAGGAUGAGAUAGUCAUGACAGAUGCACAGAUCAACAUCAUAGAUCCUAUAACAAUGACAGUGCUUGAGAAUCCAGUUCGCAACCGUCUGUGUAAUCAUGUAUAUAGUAAGAAGAGCAUCCAAAGUUUGUUGAAAAAACCCAAACAACUCAAGUGUCCAGUGGUAGGGUGCCCUAUCAGAACAACAUUCACCAUGGAUGAUUUGGAGUCUGAUCAUGAGUUAGAGGAGCAUAUCAACAAGAUUAAGUCGACUGGUGGGAAAAAAUGAUGUUUUUCUGGACUAUCCAUGCUGGAUGUUUUCUGUAAAUUCUGUGCCCACAUUUACUUAUUUCAUAGGCCUAAUAUAGUGAUCAGUAGUUCCAAGUGGCUGUGCAGUACACUAAAGUGGAUGCAGCUGAUCACAAAUUUGUUAAGUCUUUGUGACUUUCAUAAGUAUCUGUUUUUGUACUGGUGUUUAUUUUUCCGUUGCAUAUUUAUUAAUAAAGAUUAAACUUUCAUUAAAAUAGAUGAAAUAGUCAUCAGAAGUGACUACAGAUCAGUGUACAUAGUGACAUUAAGUUCAGUGUGACAUAUUGUUUUAAAAUAACUGAUGUGAAUAUGCACCAGGUUGUAAACAUGAUGUGUGUUUGAGUUUCCAUAAAAUGUUUGAAUAAGUCUAC